CGUGCUGCCAGGCGCGGCGCUGCCCGGCUCGGCACGGCACGGCACGGCCCCGCCGAGCCCCCCGCGCAGCACCACACCGCGGGCCCCGCCAUGGACGGGGGCGCCUUCGGAGCGGGGAAAGCCGGCGGCGCCUUCGAUCCGCAGGCCUUCCUCCGGCAGCCGCACACGUUGCUGCGGCUGCUCUCCUGGGUGUUCUCCAUCGUGGUGUUUGGCUCCAUUGUCAAUGAGGGGUAUGUGAACCGCCUGGACGAAUCAGAGGAGCACUGCAUUUUCAACCGCAACCGCAACGCCUGCAACUAUGGCAUUACCGUGGGUGUCCUCGCCUUCCUCAGCUGCCUUCUCUACCUGGCUCUGGAUGCCUACUUCCCACAGAUCAGCAGCGUCAAGGACCGCAAGAAGGCAGUGCUCUCAGAUAUCGGUGUCUCAGCAUUUUGGGCAUUCCUCUGGUUUGUUGGCUUCUGCUUUCUGACUAACCAGUGGCAAGCUUCAAAAGAAGAAGACAACCCAAUGAACGAGGGAGGAGACGCAGCCCGAGCAGCCAUCACAUUCUCAUUCUUCUCCAUUUUCACCUGGGUUGGCCAGGCGUUCCUGGCGUAUCAGCGCUUCCGGCUGGGUGCCGACUCGGCCCUCUUCUCCCAGGACUACAUGGACCCCAGCCAGGACUCCGGCAUGCCUUACGCUCCCUACACGAACGAGGAGGAUGCGACGGAUGCGGUGGGGACGUACCAGCAGCCCCCUGCAGCAGAUGCUUUUGACACCGAGACACAGGGGUACCAAACGCAGAACUACUGAGCCGCCGAUGCCCCUUCCCCUUCCCCUUCCCCUUCUGCCCUCUUUCCCACUGCCGGCAGCGAGCCGAGGCACAAGCCAGACACGUGCGUAGUGGCACAGGAGGUGGCUCUCAGCUAUGCUCCAGCCUUCUGGGUCAUCUGUUUUUAUUUAUUGUUUUUAACAAAAAGAAAAAAUGCUCCCCAUCGCCUCUUCCCCUUCCUCCCCCCAGAACUACCCGGCACCAAACUGUUCCAAAAUCUGGCACCGAGCGAGGUCCUUCCCCCAUCUCUGUCUUCCUUGGAAGAGAGAAGGAAAGAGGAGCUACAGCAGAGGUGGAAGGGAAGAGUUGACAGGGAGCAGGAUAUUCAUAGGCGAGGUGGUGCUGCUACAUGCUGCAGUGCUGCUCCUUGCUGCAGGAGCAUCUGAAUUGGCUCAGGGAGGGGAGGGUGGAAGGGACAGGCUGAGCUGGCAUGCAGACAUGCGAGGAUAGAGGGAGGGAUGGGGAGAGAGAGUGCUCUUCACUGUGAGUCAGGGGAUGCUUUGUUUUGAGAAGUUUUGAUGAGACAGAAUGGGAUAGGAAAGAGGAAUAUUUGCGGGUACAAUCAAAAUCCAGUGUUUUUCACAGGUUUUGCUGUAGAUGAAAGCAAGAGGGCUUGAGAGAGCACAACAGGGAGGUAGUGCCAUGAGGGCCACUCCUCCAUGCAGAGGUGUUUUCACUGUUUGAGUACUGCCACAUCCCCCUCCCUUCCUCUGGCCAAAUGUGCACAUGGGAACAGAACAGGAACCCCAAAAAGAGAUGCAGCUGUUGUGUCCAGACAUCACAUUGGGGUGCAGUGAGUGGUGGAGAGUCCAAAGGUGGUCUUCACCUCCCAGUCAGUUGGGAAGGUCAGCAAAGAUGGGAGAAUUCCCUCCAUUUCCACCCUCCAAUUGUUUGGGGCCACAGUGGGCUCUGAACACUGGUCCUGCUUUACUUUUAGUUACCUUAGUGCUCCUGCAGCAUCUGACAUGUCUUUAAAGCCUCACCUAGGUGGCAGUAGUGUAUCUCAGAUAGAGCUCGUAUUGACGUUACUCCACACUUCUCACAAUUUUGCUUCAAGAAACAGCUCUGGAAGCACAGUAUUUAUUCCAGGAUAGAAUUAAUGUCAGUGCCUGGAAGUAAGAGAUUGAGCAGUAGCUAGCUGGACUGCUUCAGCCCAGACAUCUUUCAGAGCACAAGCAGUGGGUUAUGUGUUGAGGAGCUCAUUCCCCUGGGUAGCCACUAUGGUCCAUGUGGCACUGGCCCAAGAAGCAGAGAUCAAGAACAGAUCCAUCGCCUGCAUCCACCAGUACUUUCCCCAAGCAUUCAGCCUAUUCCCUGUAGCAUCUUUAGGAGCCAGGAGGACAGGAUGCAGGUCUGGCCAUGCAGACACCUCAUCUGGAGGACACAGUCCUCUUUCAUCCAGGUCACCAGUCCUCCUCCUAGCACUGCUCCUUUACAGCUGCCCCACAUCAAUGGAGAAAGAGUAGACAACUUAGACAACACAGAGUUGCGGGUUGCAAGGGGGAAGGAAGGACAGCUCUCCAUUGCAUGCAGGCACAGUUUCUGCCUGCUCCACACCUUUCUCUGUGGCUCUGAGCAAAAGCAAUACUGUACAUAGGAGGGAUAUUUUUCAGAGGGAAGCCCCUCAGGCUUUUUUUUCGAUGGGAUCAGCCUAAUAUUUAGGCUUGGGAGGGGGUUACUUUAUUGAGAGAUUCAGUGUGGGGGAAGCUCCUUCCAAUCCACCUCUCUCAGCAGGGGAGAGAAAGGAAAGAACGGUGAGAUGGAGGAGACAAACUAGUUGUACUUACCCAGAGUCAUCUGUGUCAUCCUUCAUGCUUUCAUUUUGGAUGUGUGGGUUGGGUACCAAGAGGAGGAUGCUAUAAAUAACAAGCUCUCAGCAUGAAGAUUUGCUGGGCUGCUGGGAGUUGCCCAUCACCUGUCCCAUCUCAUUGAGGUGAGGGUCCAGGCACAUGAGAAGUACAGGCCAUGAAUGCGGGGGAGGGGGGUCUACCUGGGGUCUCUUUGAUGGUGUAGCACGGAACAAUCAUCAGUGCCCCUUCCCCCAGCGGAGCUACACCGAUGGCUAAACAUCAUGUGGGGGUGAUCAUGACAAAGCUUUUCUUUAUCCUUUGCUUGCUUCCCUCAUGUAACCAGCUGGUGGGCUUCGGUGGCUUUGAGGUUGGACAAGCCUCCUCCUCAGCCAACCCUUCAGUGGGACAUGAGCCAGGUAGCUUCACGCUGGGCUAUUGCCCAUCUUUGUCUCUUUCUUCCUUGCUUUGUGUUACGGCAGAGGCAUUGGUAUGGCAGGGGACACUGUAACAAUAGAUGCUUGGGCACCUUCUUGUCUUUGCUCAUGGGAGAAGGUGUACUCUUCUUGGCUUGACUUCCUUUGAGCCUUUGCAAGGGAGGGUUGGUGGUGGCAAACUUGAGGGUGGUACUCAUCUGGUUAGCACACUGCCUUUGAAAAUGCAGUUUCAGUGGCAUAUGGCUGGCUCUGAGGAGAUGGACCUAUCUGAGGGGUUGGUUAUCAUAUCUUGGGAACUUCUGAUAAGGGGCUGCUGGUAAUCAUAUGAAGGCCUGGGCACCUGGCUGGAACACGUCCCUUUUAAAUCCUAAAUGAGUGUGAGAUCAGUCCCACUCUAGGGAUUAGGAGAUCAGAGGGAAGGCUGCAUAAGCAAAACGAUAAGAAGGCUUUCUUCCCCGCCGUGCCAUUUGUCCGGAUUACAGAGGAUUACGCAUCCCCUGUUGGGAGCAAUGGCCCCUUGAUGUCUUAUCUUGCCGAGUCCCCAAAUAAGGUACUUUUAUGAUAGCAGGGACUGCAAAGGUCAAAGGGGUAAUGAAACCUUGCUCCACCUCUACCGGUGGCUUCAGCAUCCUGACAUGCCCCCCAUCCCUGCUCACCUACGUCCCUGCUACCUUGUUCAUCACCUCAUUACACACUACUCAUUACCCGUCCCCUCUGUAUUAGUCCUGGCAGUCCCUUCAGGGCAGGAGGGCAGCGUGUCUCCACACAUUCAGGAGCACUCAGGAGGACCCAGGAAGGCAGUGUAGUGGGACAGUCUCCAUUGGAGCGUUGACUCUGUUCUCCAGAGCAGGUACAAGGCAGGGAACCCAGCGAGGCAGCAAGUAUGCAUGUAUCCUCAUGCAGCAAGUCCAAACCAUCCAUCCAGACACCUCCCUGCUGCCCUUGUGGCAUCCAUCACACCAUCUGGGCUGCCCUGCCCCUUCCCCUGACACAUUACUGCCUGUGUAUAGUAUAUAUUAUAUAUAUAUAUAUAUUUUAAAAGAUGUAUAAUAUAAAGCUAUACAUAUAUACGUAUAUACGAUUACUCAUGGAUGGCCUGCCGCAUACAGGAUCCCCUGAGUGGUCUUGUCUAAGCCUGAGUGUACCUUCACCCCUCCUCCCCUCGUCCCAGUCCGUCCUCAAAUUCAACUACAGCAAACCCCGCCACCUCGGCACGUGUUUACAAUAUCCUAUAUAUUUGUGGUUAACAAAGUGAAGGUGGUAACUACUGGUGUCUCAAUAAAGUUACAACAUUCAAAAUAAUGAAACGAUACGAAAAAUUGGUCUUGAUUUUCUUGGCAAUUGGAUGGCUUUUCUAGCCCCAGAGGGUCUUGGGAGGCCUUCCUGCAGCUGGGACACAAGCUGGGGCACCUCAAGGAACAGGACUGCCCAUGGCAACACUUCUUCCAUUUGAACCCAGGAUACACGGUCCUCCAGGUUUAGUGAAAAUUGGCAGUAUCAGUGCAGAGAGACCUAAAUAGCUGCCCUUAUUGAGAGAGACACUUGAGGAGGUGCUAAGAGUGGCUUGUUCUGCUUGGCUUGUUUGAAAUCACACCUACCAUCAAGUGUCUCUUAUCAGGAGGAAAACAUGAGAAGGAGCUUGAAGUACUGUAUUAGGGGU